AUGAAUCUCACACAAACGGUGUGCGGUACCCCAGCGCGGGACCGAUCUGGUCAGUUCAAGACGAUGAAUCUUGCUUUUAGCGCUGUAACUCUUAUGAUAGCGGGUAUCCGCUUCAUAUCCAAAUAUCUCUUCAGCAUCAGGCAGGGUUUUGGACCUGAUGAUUGGACCUUGCUGGCAGCAGGAUUUAUCGGCAUUCCUUGCAUCGCGUUCAACAUUUUAGGACUGAGUAGCCAUGGUUUGGGGAAAGAUAUCUGGACAUUAACUCCAGGUGACGCUGCCUCUUUCGCUCGGUGGUUCCUAGCCAUGGAAGUUCUCUACGUGGUCAUUAUGACCAUUGUGAAGAUCAGUUUAUCGCUCUUUUAUCUUGACUUGUUUCCGGGGACGAACUUCCGCAGAGUGGUUUGGGGUACCAUCAUAUUCAAUAUCGCUUCUGGUCUCAGCUUUGUUAUUGGAAGCCUCGUACAGUGCGUACCAAUGAGCUUGACGUGGGAGCAAUUUAGCGAUUCUUCACACGGGCACUGCAUCGACAUGAAUUCGUUCGGGUGGGCAAACGCAGCUGUCAAUGUUGCAACGGAUCUAUGGCUUAUAGUCAUUCCUCUAUUCCAGUUAUACAAGCUCGACACUCAGUGGAGAAGGAAGCUAAGUGCUGCUAUCAUGUUUAUGACGGGAGUGAUAGCGACCAUUGUUUCCCUCCUCAGAUUCCAGUCGCUAGUCCACUUCGCCAACACGGCGAACCCAACCUGGGACCACUGGAGCAUCGCCUGGUGGUCGACCAUCGAAGUCAACAUAAGCAUUAUUUGCACAUGCAUUCCUUCUAUACGGCUGAUCCUAGCGCACAUAUUUCCGCGCGCCAUUGGCUCCAGCCUUGGGCUACCCCCCAUGACAGAGGAAUCUUGGAUUGGCGAGAAAAUGUCCAGCCCAAAUCCAUUGGAUAUAGAGCAGUUGGAACUAUGCAACAAUCGAAGCAUAGACGGAGUUUCAAAGACAAGCGAGUCUAUCCAGCGAGCCGAGGGGGUUUUAGAGAUGGUGGCACAUCCAGCUAUUAUCCAAUGA